AUGUUAUCAGGCGCUAUGAGGACACGGAUGAUGAUUAUGGCGGCGGCUAAGCGCCCAGCUUCAAGUCGCGUGUGGUUCUCGUCCAGCGCUGAUGGGACCGGUUCAGAAGCUGAGCAGGCGAUGCACACGGCGCUUCAGCAGCAGCUCAAGGCAGAGCACGUCAAGGUGACGGACGUAUCUGGCGGCUGCGGCUCCAUGUUUGACGUCGAAGUCGCGUCGGCGCAGUUUGCGGGGCAGUCGCGGGUCAAACAGCACCGAAUGGUUAACGAGGUUCUAAAGGAAGAGAUCAAGACGAUGCACGGAAUGACGAUCCGGACCAUGACGCCCGAGCAGUUCCGUAGUCUGCAACGCACCUAG